AUGUGGCUUUUAUUUCGCUCUAAGCACAAAAAAUUAGUACUCAAAUGCUUUCCUUCAAGAAAAAUAGGAGGGUCGGAGCCUAACGGUUCACCUUUAGCUUAUUUGAGCUACUAUGCCGCAUCCAACUCAGGGAAAUUGAGGAAGGUCAUUCGUUAUUUAAGUCGUCUUGUCCAACAUAGCGUAUACAGAAGAAGGGAAAAUGAAACGGUCAUCGCUUUGAAGAUUUGUCGAACUUUGAUCCAAAAGUGUCCAGAAAAUGUAAUGAUCAUGGCCUCAGAGAUUGUUAAAAUACUGUUGGCUUCUAGUAAUCUCAAAAACUUGGACGUCCAAAACGUUUCAGUGGAUUGUUUUGCUUCCUUUUGCGAACGGAGUAUAAAAACAAAUUCCUUGGCUUUUGGAAAUGAAUUUUAUAAAUCAUUCGAUGAAUUGGUUUCGUUCUAUUUUGACCUAUCUAGAAGCGAAAGCCCCCCAGAUCCCCAGCAAUCAAGAAUGCUAGGCUUGAAGGCAUUUCACGCCUUGACAUCUUGUAAGCUAUCAAAUGUUGAAGGCGAAUCACGUAGUCAGCCCCAUUUCGUUAUUCAUGCUUUUCUAAGUAAUGCUUGGAGCAAAAAUGAAAUGGCCCAACAAAGCUUUAUUGCUUUGGUACGCUCAACAGCUCAAGCAUUUAGGCCAUUACCUCCCAGUACUACUGGUAUAUCUUUACCAGAACAUGAUGAAGUUGGCGACACUGUAGAGAUCGCGAAUAAAAAAUUAUCGCUGAGGGUUUUAUAUAACGUAUAUACUCAGACCAAUCCUCUAUUCAUGACUGAAAGCACGAAAUCUCUAGUUCAUUUUUUCUCUGGUAAAUCAAAUACUGUGGUUAAUCAGACUUACAUUUCUGUUAUACUCAACCAAAUAGUUGAGUGGACUCCCGUUGAACUACGGCAUUCUAUCUUUUUUUGCUGUUUACGUUGUUUGCAAAGCAGCCGCAUUGAAAAUGCAAAUACUAAUGUUUUGGUUCCCUACAUGAUCUAUUCCAUCCUUAACUCCCAAAAUUCUAUUCCGGGUCUUUCUGUGAUUGACGUUCUCAGAGAGGUAGAAUUUCAUCUUCUAAUUGCAAUAGAAAAUACUGAAAUUAGUGAUUCAGAAUGGUACACGUUGUGUGCAUCUCCAACUGAGCGAUUACCUCGGCGUUUAUAUUUACUUCUGCUAUGUAUUACUUCCUUAAUCAAUCAUCAGUAUUACAACGAAGAGUUCGCCGAUGUAUGGAAAGAGAUGGAUUCACUUUCAAGUGAGAAAGCUACAACUGCCACUCAGCUGGUUGUGCUUACGGCUUUGGAUAUCAUGCAGAUGGAACAAAUGGAGAAGGAAAGGCCUUCUUCAGUUGGUACACUUUCAUUCAUUGCUGAUUUUUUGUAUAAGGCUUGGCCAGCAACUUUUCAGCGUGUAUAUACUUCAGAUUCACCAUUUGUUCGCUUAAAGACCGUUAACGUUUUUUUUGAGUUUUUGAAUAUUUCACCUACCUCUAUUUUUGACUUUAAUACAGUUUUUGGAAAAAGCACAGUUUCUUAUUUCUCCGCUUUAUGGAGUUUCAUCUACGAAAUAAGUGGACAAAUCGAAAAAUGGCUUGGAAAGUUUUGUUUCUUGGGAGAGUUUGAGGCUGUACUCAGACUAUCACAAAAAUUUUAUGCCGUUUAUGGACCUAUUACUGUAGCUGCUUUCCUCCCUUCGCUGUAUCGAGCUUUAAAUGCUACGGAAGGGCAUUACUUGAUAUCCCAUCAAGCUUUGAUAGCCGAUUAUCUUCUUUAUGUCUCUGAUUGCUUGGGUAAUGAUACUUUAAAAAGGAUGAGCUUAAAGUGGAGAAUGUCUCUUCCGUCUGAAGUUCUCGUAGGUUUGGAUUUUAACGGCAGAAAGGCCAGAAAUUUGUGGGAUCCCUUGCCCACAAAUACUACUAGCACUAUAUCUCUUUCACUUGAUGAAGUUGUUUCAGAAUUGUUACAGAAAAAUCCUUCAGUUUAUCCUGAGGAAUCAAAAGUUUUAUUUUUGGAAAAAUCUUGGCAUCCAAAGUAUUCGAGCUUUUAUGAAAAAAUACAGAAACCUACUAAAACAGUUACUUUAUCUUCUUCUUCAGAAAACUCAUUUACUAAUGGGCUGAUGAUGUCAGAUUUUAAUCCAAAUCCAAUAAUGGUUCACAAAACUCAUCCAUCUGCGAAAGUCGACAAUCAGAACCCAAAGAACGAGAAAAUUCUGACGUUGAAGCAAGCUUUGGAAUCUCCCCCGAGUGCUCGGACAUCAUCGGGCUUCCGUACGCCAUCUGAAAUAACACUGUCAUUGCGUUCUGCUAGUCCCCUCCCAUUAUUGGACAUUUUUAAUAUGAAUAACUCUCUCUCAGCACCGACUAUCCAACACCCCCCAUACGUUAACUUAUAG